UGUCACGGAAGGAAAAAGAUUGUUAUUGUAAAAUAAUUAGGUGCUUUUUAUAUUAAACUUAGUGUAAUUAAAACUCGUGGACCCAUUAGUCAAUGUAUUGAAAUGUAAUUCAAUUUGGUUUUUUCAUUAGAACAAAACAAAUUCAAGCUUCCAAACCACAAGACAAAUUUCUUUUUCGUCUUGUUUAUAUUCUACUGAAAAUGACCAUCCAAGAAGAUUUAACUCAAUCCGAAUCCCCACAAACGGAUUUAACUAAGGUUGCGGCAUUACAUCAAAAACGUACAUUGGCAUUUGUAAAUCACUUCCUAACAAUAAAUGUACAAUUUCUGAAUAACUUUAUGAGGAAUUGCGAGCAGAAACUGAUGCAGUUUGAGAGAAAAUUAGAAAAAGUUAAUGCUGCCAUGGUUUUGUUAGAAUCUAAGUUAUCUUCAAUACCAGAAUUAGACAUUCCUAAGCAGACAAAUACAAGUAAUGUUACAGAGACUGAAUCUACUGAAAGUCAAAAUGAAACAGAACUCCAAGAACAAAAUCUAGAAAGAAAACUAGAAGACCAAGCCCCAGCAGAAAUGAAAACUAAACCUGAAUAUGAUAAAUUUGUUAAAAUGGUUCAAGUAGGAGUGCCAUUGCAGGCAGUGAAACUCAAAGUCUCAUUAGAAGGUCUCGAUCCUGAAAUACUGGAGCAAUUAAUAAAAUAAAAUAAGAUUUUAUUAUUUUUUACAUUAUGUUGUUAGCAUGGUAUGAUCAAAGAAGCAUACUGGAGUUUACUUUUAUAGAACAAAGAAUAGAACAGUGUGUUCUCUGAUAUCUCUAAUGUAAUGGAUCGUGAGUGUAAAAUUAAUUAAAUAAAAUAAUCUUUUUUUUUUGUCUAUUUAUAAUCAAUGUAAGGUUUAGAAAAUGUUAUCUUUUAUCUAUAACAAUAUCAUUCUCAUUGUUAAAAUUGUAAUGUUUUUGUUCUUAUCGUUUAAAUAAUGUAAUAGGCUCAAAUAUUUAAGUAGCAUUCUUUAAUAUACAUUUUAUGAAAUGUUGAAAAUGUUGUUUUUAAUAAAGGAUUUUAUA